AAUUAUUUGUUUUUUUAGUCUUUAACAAAAAAAACACGCUUCAAGCAUUUUUUUUUAAAUUUUAAAUUUUAACCAGCUGCAUAAUAUUAAUGCAUUGAGCUAAGUCUUGAAAAUGUAUAAUCAAUAAAUAUUAAUAGCAGUAGAGGAAAAAAACCGAUUUAUCGAUUCCCGAUCAAAUAAUAUACAUACACACGUCACGCGCAUUGCUUGGAGAGGAGCUUUACGGUCAAAAUGAAAACGUCGAUUGCAUCUGAAAUGUGUACGUUGUCCUGCGCAUUAAUCAUAUGCACUUUAGUGUCAACUGCUAGAACUACCAAUACGAAUACUGAUGAUUCAAAUGAAAAAACUCUAGAACCAUUCGAUAGGUGGACAGAAGAACCCUAUGAUGAUUGGAUUGAGCUGCCAAGUACAACUCCCAUUGCGAACGGAAAAUACGGUUCAAAGCCUAGUCUGAGUACGCCGCCUGUUCCGGAUCUAAAUGACUCCCUGUAUCCAGACGAAUUAGUGACAGAUAACUCCAUCGAUAGUUCAACAAAACCGGGAAACGAUUACAUUCCAUCAGACAAGAAGAACAGUUAUACCACUGAGCCGAUACCAACAACAAAUGGCACUCAGUUACUUGCGGAACCACCUACGAGGUUUUUGUCGACUUCCAGAACCGCCAACACGAAUGCUGUUGUUCCAAACAUACCUACAUAUAUUCCAGGUGGAGAAAAAGCUAAGAAAAUAGUUGCUGACCCAAUAGUGGACAUAGCAGUGAGGCUUAUUUGGCCACAUGUCAAACACUUUCACAAUAUACACGAGGACAAUUAUGAAGAGAUCAGGAGCAAUAAUACCACUAAUACUAAUGUGUAUGAAGACAUUAUUGUAAAUCAUGUUGUGUUGAGUCCUGAGGCUAUUAACAAUGAUUUUGAAAAGGAUGACAUUUUGUUGCAAAAUAAUUGGUCUCAGUACAAACCAGCCAUGAUGAAGACUCAGAUAUCUGUUGUUCUUCACCAGCCUCCACAAACAUCUCUACCAAUACCCUCCACUUCAGAAAUACCACCUUAUGCUUAUAUGUCAAAGAACGUUCAGCGCACAGCUGCAACAAUUCCACCAAAAGCUGUAGAAGGUAAAAAAAGUGUGUCACAAAGAAGACCAGUCAUGACAACAAUAUUAGCAUUAGAAAAAUGUCUGGAAGCUAAAAAAUUGUCUCUUGAAGCGAGUAGGGAUGCUGGAGAAGAGCCUAAAUUACUAAUGAAAAUCUUACGGCUAAGGGUACAACAAGAAGUAGAAAAAUUAAAACAAGAAAAUAUUAAGACUAAUCUACUGAAAUUCCAGAUCCAGCGUGAGUCUGGAACAGAAUGGGCAUUUGAGGAUAACAAUGAGGCCGAUAAAACGGAUUAAUAUUUAUUGUGUUAUAAUUUAAAAGUUAUUGUUUUUAUAAUACUAUGUUUAACUGAUAAACUGCAGAACCAGAGUACUAUAGAGGUAAUACAUUUUUAUUUUCACGUUAAUUUUACGGAUCACGAAAAAUAAAAAAAAAUAUGGUUGGAUAAUAA